GGUGUCCUGUAGCGAGUCCUGUCUCACAAUGUAUUGGCCAUAUUAUGAUACUUGCACUCACUACUGCUGCAAAUGGUCAAACAGCAACUACGGCUAUUGCUGCUACAUUAGUAACGCCGACUCCAUCAUUAGUGACGACUUUCCUUACUGGAUUAUUGCCCCAAUCGUCAUCGGAGCGAUUCUUUUCAUUGGAAGCAUCGUUGGCUUCAUCGUGUGUUGUUGCGUGACCUCCUCAAACGGUAGGACGUACUAUCAAUCUUGUUGCAACAGUCGUGUGGGGGGAACAGCAAUAGAGAUGACAGCAUCAGUAAACCAGCAGCAAUCAAUGAUGAACAACCUCACUUACACACAGCAACAGUACCCGCAAGCUUACCCCAUGUACCCGCAACCCUACCACACGGGCCAACAAACCUGCGUCCCGGGCCCUCAAUUCGGCGUUCUUCAAACCCCCAUGCAGGCGGGUAGUUCGCCGUCAGUUCCUCCACCGUCUUCAUACGAGCAAGGAAACCAAGAUGCAAUCAAUCCUAAAACAUACUAACAAUUGCUGAAUGUUAACGGCCAGUCUCAGAGCAUUGAAAUUAAUGUUAUCAUGAUUUGCUAUUGAACAUAAUUAAGCCCAUAAAACGUUGUUAUAUGUUAAAAUAACUUCCGAUAACCAUAUAUCGUUAUUCCCGAAGCCAUCAUCGGCAGAACUAUAA